ACCUCAUACACCGUCUCCUACUCGAACGUCAACACUGACUGUUUCUCUGACUCCAGCAGUGGUAUCCCUGCUAGUGGGACAUCAUACACACUAACUGGUCUGGAGGAGGGGACUCAGUAUUCUAUCACUGUCACUGCCUCUCUGGGUGGGAACAGUGGAACUCUAGAAGGCAGCACUACAGCCACUACAUUGAUUGCUGCUCCAUCUGCCCCACCCUCUUCUGUGAGGGUGUCAGUAAAUAGUUCCACUAGUAUCACAGUCCAGUGGGGGUCAGUGGAGUGUAGACAUCACAAUGGAGAGAUAACAGGCUACUGGGUGAGGUAUGGAGUGGUAGGGAGCAGCAAGGAAGACAGGAGUAUGCUGAUGGUAUCAAGAGACAGUGGAGGAAUGGCUACAAUCGUUGGACUGAGUAAAGAGACAGUCUACACGGUUCAAGUGGCAGCAGUCACCAGUUCUGGUACUGGAGUAUACACCAAUCCUCUCACAUUUGAAACUCCUGAUAGUCAGUGAAAAGUUUAUUGCUUUGAGGUAUACACUCUCGCUCUCUUGUUUUCAAGCUCUUAGUUCGUCAUUGGCUCCCUUCCAAUGUUAUUCCUGCUAUAUACCAGGCGAAACAUGAAGUGGCUAUUGAG